AUAUGUCGUGACAGUUGGGCGGAAGAAGGGUCGAGCUUUGGAAAUGUUCGAAUAGUUCAUUCUUCGAAGGAGAACUCUAUUAAAUUAAUGAUACAUGCGCCAUACAUAGCUGUGCGCGACUCGAUAAGUUAUACGCUGAUGGAGAAACAAUCCCCGUCGACGAAGUGCUGGCCGUCCAACGACAUGACGCGGAUAAAGUAGUCGUUGUCCAUGCACAGGCCCCAUGGCACCUUGCGGUACUCGAACACGCCGUUGUUGGACGUACACUCGGCCACCAUCGUGUACGCGCCAGUCUGGUUGGCAAUGGAGCUGGUUUGCAGCAGCACUAUUCGCACUUGGUCCGCUGCCAAGUUUACUGCGUCCCAUUGGACUUGUGCCGGUUGGCCGCGGAGCCACAGCGCGUCCUUGGCGGGGGACGUCACGGCCAAUUGGGACUUGGACAGGUCUUGUGUGAGGAACUGGAACUGCGGGGCGAUGUCAACCAUCGGCGUCGGCACUUGGUUGAAGAAUGUGAAAUGAGCAACCGUGUCAACUUGCUGCCACUCGACUUGAAGGUGGCGGUGUGUCGUCAGCCGUCGCCUUAUUCGCUGGAACGAUUCGACUGACGCAACCGUGUGCAACCGGCGAUUUCUUCACGCGCCUCUGACUUUUGAAGGGCAAAAGAUCAC